AGCUACACUCAAACCCUGAACAACAUAAAUAAAUAAAGUCAGGAACACUAAAACAUUGUUAUCACACCCUUCAGAGGAGAAAGAGUAACCGCCGACUAAUCUCUUCUCCUCCCCUUCAAUUUCUUCAUCGAAUUCUAAAAUGAGCGACAACAACAACCCUAAUAACAACAAAGAUCAAUUAGAUAUGUCUGAUCUUUCCGAUAAUCUACCUGCUGCCGCCGCUGCUUUGAGUGCGGAAGAUAGGGCUGGCCUUGUUAAUGCGCUUAAGAAUAAGUUGCAGCAUUUGGCUGGAGAACAUUCUGAUGUACUUGAAUCUUUGACUCCUAAUGUUAGAAAGCGCGUAGAAGCACUCCGACAAAUUCAGAGUCAACACGAUGAACUCGAGGCUAAAUUUUUUGAGGAACGAGCUGCACUUGAAGCUAAAUAUCAAAAGCUUUAUGAACCACUUUACUCAAAGAGAUAUGAUAUUGUUAAUGGAGUUGUCGAAGUUGAAGGAGUUACAAAUGAAGCCAUGGUUGAGGAAGGAGAAGAAAAAGCACCUGAAGAGAAAGGUGUACCGAACUUUUGGCUCACAGCUAUGAAGACUAAUGAAAUAUUGGUUGAUGAAAUUACAGAGCGGGAUGAGGGAGCACUCAAAUAUCUCAAAGAUAUCAAGUGGGCCAGGAUUGAUGAGCCAAAAGGAUUCAAGCUAGAGUUCUUCUUUGAUACAAAUCCUUAUUUUAAAAACGCAGUUCUCACUAAAACCUAUCACAUGAUUGACGAGGAUGAGCCUAUACUUGAGAAGGCAAUAGGAACGGAGAUUGAAUGGCUUCCAGGAAAGUGUUUGACACAGAAGAUCCUGAAAAAGAAGCCUAAAAAGGGAUCAAAAAAUUCCAAACCUAUCACUAAGACUGAAAACUGUGAAAGUUUUUUCAACUUUUUCAAUCCACCUCAGGUUCCUGAUGAUGAGGAUGAUAUCGACGAGGAGGCAGCGGAGGAGCUUCAGAAUCUGAUGGAGCAAGACUACGAGAUUGGAUCCACCAUUCGAGACAAAAUCAUUCCUCAUGCUGUAUCAUGGUUCACCGGAGAGGCAGUUCAGGGGGAGGAGUUUGAUGAUAUCGAUGACGACGAUGAUGAUGAUGGAGAUGAAGAGGACGAUGAUGAGGACGAAGACGAGGAUGAAGAUGAUGAGGAUGAAGAUGAUGAUGAUGAGGAGGAGGAGGAGGCUGAGGUGAUCAAGUCCAAGAAGAAGAUAUCAUCAUUUAAGAAGGGUGGAAAAGCACGACCUGCAGGUGAACACCCUCCAGAAUGCAAGCAACAAUAGUUGGUUGUGUACUGGCCGGAGAAAAUGGAAGCCCAAAAGCGUGUUUUACAUGAUGGUACCGUAUCGGAGGUUAUCCCUCAAGAGUUUUGUUGGUGUCAAAAAUCCUUGUGUUAUUGUUUAAUUCAUUUGUCUUCCCUUUUCCCUUUCUCAUGGAGGAUUUGUAAUUGUGCUUGGAUUUAUGGGUGUGUUCUACUUGCUAUGUCUUUGAAACCGAAGUUUUGUGGUUUGUUUAUAUAAUAUUUAUAUAUUUAUUUAUC